CCCAGACCUGCUGAGCUUUUCCAACGACUUCUGUUUUUGUUCCUGAUUUAGAGCAUCCACAGUUCUUUCGGUUUUCACCUUCUCCAAAGGCUGUAUGGCUCAUGGAUGAAAAAUACUCAGCCCCAGGUCAAACAGCGAAAACCGAGCCUAAUGAAUCUCAGCAAUGAAGCCAUGCGCAGCGGUGCCCGGAAAUUUUUCCAUGCCUUCUGUCCGAGCGGAGCUUGGAAACUCAUUCCAAUUGCAGUGCAGCGUCAGUUCUGGAGAGGAUGUCACCUGGGAGAUGAGGAACUACAACAGUUCAACCUGGGAAAUCCUUGACUUCCAGAAACCCCUGUACCGUUGGGAGAAAGUGAAUGAGAAGGACCUGGGCAUUUACCGUUGCCAGAGCACGCUGACGAGACAAAUAUCUUGCAGCGUUGGACUCCGGCUUUACAAAUCACGCCACAAGUUCUUCAAUAUCAGGGAAUCGCAGAAGAACGUCAUCCUCAUGGUGGAAGGCAUACUCCUCCUCAGUCUGGUUGUCAUCCCAGGGACAAUUCUGCUUCGAGAGCAGCAGCUGGACACAUUCAGGAACAUGCAGGAAGCAGAAGGCAUCACAGUUAUAUAUAUCGAGAUUGAUGUGAAAAAGGAUCUCCGGGAGGUGAAGAGCCAACAAGCCUUGCUCUUUGCCUCAGAGACCUCCAAGAUAAUAUUCCGUUCCAGUUUCCGCACUGUGGAGCAGGAUGAGAUGUGCUCGUGUUUCUUCUUCCUGAAG